AUGGGGAGGAUUGCAAAGUGGGGCACAGUUCUAGGGGCUUUUGACAUCAAAUACAUGCCUUGUACCUCUGUCAAGAGUCAGGUACUGGCAGAACUCGUGGCCAAGUUCACUGAACCCCCAUUAGAAGAAACAUCAACGACACAGAACAUGGAUGGAAAAUCGGUUGGCACAAUCUUUCUACAAGAACCUUUAUUUUGGAAGGUAUACAUUGAUGAUGCGGCAAAUCAAAGGCGCUCUGGAGUGGGGCUAGUUCUGAUCUCACCCGAGAAGCUCACCAUAGAAAAGUCACUAAGAUUGGGCUUCUCAGCCAUGAAUAAUGAAGCUGAGCACGAAGCCUUGUUGGAGGGAAUGUCCAUGGUUCAAAGAAUGGGAGAAAAGGCAGUAAAGAUGUUCUUGGACUCAAGGUUAGUUGUCGGCCAGGUGAAGGGUGAACUAGAAGUAAGAGAUGAGAGGAUGCAAGGGUAUUUAAGUCAAGUUAGACAUCUGCAAUCAGGAUUUGAAUCCUUCACUCUUUUGUACGUCCCCAGGAGUGGAAACAUACACGCCGAUUCCCUAGCCAUGCUGGCAACCUCCUUAGCACAGAGCCUACCUCGGGUUAUCCUUAUAGAAGACUUGUGUAAACCCACAGAGAUAAAGGGACAAGCAGUUCAUGUUCACCAAAUCAGGAUAGGGCCCAGUUGGAUGGAUUCCAUAGUACCAUAUCUGAGAGAAGACAUCUUGCCAAAAGAUAAAUCAAAGGCUGAAAAGAUAAGGAGAAAAGCGUCUCGUUUCUGGCUAUCCGAGGACCAAAAAUUGUACAAGCGCUCUUUUUUUGGGCCAUAUCUACUCUGUGUUCACCCUAAAGUGACAGAGCUACUCCUCGAGGAGCUGUAUGAAGGAAUUUGUGGAAGCCACAUAGGAGGCAGAUCUUUGUCUCAUAGAGCCAUCACUCAGGAUAUAGUUGGCCAUUUCCCCAAAGCAGCAAGGAACAAGAAGUAUUUGCUGGUCGACACUAACUAUUUCACUAAAUGGGUUGAAACUGAACCUUUAGCAAAUAUCAGAGAUGUGGAUGCUAAGAAGAGAUACUGUUGUGAAUUGGGAAUUACGAACAUAUAUUCUACCUCGGCUUAUCCUCAGGGAAAUGGACAAGCCGAGCCUGUUAAUAAGGUCAUAGUGAGUGGAUUCAAGAAAAGGUUGGAUGAUGCGAAGGGAAAAUGGGUGGAAGAACUGUCACAUGUCUUGUGGAUGUAUCGAACCACGCCUCGCAGAUCAACAGGGGAGACCCCCUUUUCGAUGACUUAUGGAGCCAAGGCUGUUAUUCCCUUAGAGACAGGCUUCCCAACACUAAAGACCAACUUUAAUCCAAGUAGUAACAAUUAG